UCUGUUCUAGCGUUUCCAUAGAAGUGACUCUUCUGAAUUCCAAACACGUUACAAUAUAUAUCAUGUUUUAAGCCUAUACAGGCCAGGAUCCUGUUCAGACAGCCUUAUCGUACUUAGACAGUACCGCAUUAUCGCUCUGCCUAGGCGUCAAGGAAGAGCAAGCACAGGAGGCCGACGUGUUCCAACAUACUCAUAACACAUCUCGGAUUAGAUCUGGCGGCACCUAUCAGAGUGACACAAAUUGUGAGUGAAGAAUCAUGGCCAAAACGAAGCUCACGCUGUGUGUGUCAGUAAUGUUGGUAUUCUUUCGUUUGCGAGCAGAGGCUUACUGUAAUACGGAUAGGAAGAUACUGGAACCGAACCCAGAACACCUUGGCAAGUGUUACUGCGACGUCACCAAAAAGGCUUAUGACGUUAACGAGACCUGGGGCCAGACAGGGGUGUGCGUGCAAUAUGAAUGCAGCCAGGAUGAGGAUGGCAACUUCGUCAUCACCACUCACGGAUGUCUCGACACUUCGGAGUUCGAAAAUGACGUCUACUGUUGGAUUAUGGAGGGAGACAUUUCCAGUCCUUACCCCAACUGCUGCCCAACAGUUGCAUGUGCUUAGUCGAAGUUACCAGGCAACGUACAGUAAUGUAGAAGAAAAGAGACACGUCUAUAUGCAAUUAAAACUUUUAUAGGAGAAGUGAUGUAAUUCAGUUUUCCAUAACUUGUGGAAGCAGGCAAAAACUGAAAAGUCUAGGCGAGUGGAAGUUGAAACUAUCUCAAAGAAGGUACAGAUGAGGGAAUUGAGAUUAUCUUUUACUAAAGCAUCCGGCGAAGUAUCCUAA